AUGAAUAAUGCUUACUCUCAGUGGAAUAAUAUAUGUACUGUUCCGCAGGGUGGCGUUCUUUCACCUCUUCUUUUUUCUAUCUUUAUUAACACCCUGACUGCACAUCUAUCCGCUAAUUAUCACCUUUACGCUGAUGACCUCCAAAUCUACGUUCAGUCUACACUGGAUGAGCUUCCUCUUGCAAUACAGGCGAUGAAUGAUGAUCUUGAAAACAUAGCCAACUGGAGUAAAGACUUUGGUCUUCAAAUUAAUCCUGCCAAGAGUCAAGUUAUCAUCAUCGGAAGCCCUCUCUUUAUUUCAAGAGUCAAAUGGGCUCAGCUCCCUGGUGUUUACCUUGACGGUGUGGCCUUGGCCCUCAAUAAGACUGUUAAAAAUCUUGGGGUCUUCUUCGACCAAACGUUUUCCUGGGGUCAUCACGUAAAGGAGAUCAGCCGUAAACUUUACGCCGCUUCUUCUACUCUGAGACGUCUUUCUAAUUUCCUUCCUAUCCGCACUAAAACUAUGUUAGCGCAGUCUCUUCUGCUUCCUAUUCUCGAUUAUGCGGACUCAUGCUCCUCUGAUUUGAACGAAGAGCUACUUGACAAGAUCGAACGCCUGCAGAAUUUCUGCAUACGUUUCAUAUUUGGUCUUAGAAAAUAUGACCAUGUGUCUUAA